CCAGUCUAUACCCUCGCGGUGAAUCCCGAGCGGCUCCCCAGCACACCAUGCUCGCCGUCACGCUCGCCGCGCUGCCUUCGCUGCUGCUCUCACCCUCAGUGCCGGCGACGGGCAGCCGCGCACGGGCGGCCGCGGUCCGGAUGGCCGGCGACGGCCCCUCCUUUGGCGAUCUCGACGGCUCGACCGCCCGAAUCGGCAUCAUCAAGGCGCGCUGGCACCCCGAGAUGAGCGACUCGCUCAUCGCGGGCGCCAAGGAGGCGCUCGCCGCGUGCGGCGUAAAGGAGGAGAACAUCGUCGAGACCGAGGUGCCGGGCUCGUACGAGCUGCCCCUCGCCGCGCGGUACAUGGCCCUCUCCGGCUCGGUGGACGCCAUCCUGCCGGUUGGCAUCCUGAUCAAGGGCGACACAUACCACUUUGAGGCAAUCUCGGACUCGGUCUCGUCGGGGCUGAUGUCGGUGGGCAUGCAGACGGGCGUGCCGAUCCUCUUCGGCGUCCUCACCUGCAUGAGCGAGGAGCAGGCCCGCGUGCGAUCCAUCGGGCCGGGUAACCACGGGCCGGAUUGGGGGAGGGCCGCCGUCGAGAUGGCGCUGCUGCGCCAGUCGGCGGUCGGCGGGCCAAAGUCCAAGUUCUUCAUGGGCUUCGGCGACUCGGGCGAGGACGACGCCAAGCCCAUGACGCGGCCGGCCGAGCGCAUCGGCUUCUGAGCGGCGCCGGUUCGGCCGGCGGCGCGCGGCGCACAUCUCAAGCUCGUCGGCGCCAGCGCAGCCGCCUCGGUGUGCGAGCGCUCUCGCGUGCGCCAGGCUUCACACCGAGGCGGUACAUAUAAUGCGAUCGCGCGCGUGCGUCUUCUGGAACGGCGGGAGGUACAGCCAGCUCGUGUUGCGCGCUCUGGCGGUGCGCCGUGCCCCCUGUGACCAGACCGGCUCUCUUGUAUAUCGAUCUCUCCUCUCCGCGCGGCUCUUUGAGCGCCCAAACCGGCGGCGCGUGUGUGGGUGAAAAAGAAGGGCAUCAACGCCCAACAAUAG